AUUACUGACGUUCUGAGAACGUACGAAAAGUGUCCGGAUCUGCAGGUUACCGAUCUUAAAAUCACUCCGGCGAGUGCCCAGGGAGUGUUCCGUACUGCUGCUGAGUACACCACUUCGAAGGGAAAGUUCUGUAAGCCGCUAAUCAUUAAGACAAUGCCGGAACAAGAAGGACACAAGAAGGAUAUGCUCAGCGAUCCACAUUUCUUCUCCACCGAGAUUAAAGCCUACACUACGGCUUUGCCCGAGUUUGAGAGAAUUCUCCGGGAGGCAGGGGACGAUACAAAGCUAUUUGUGCCUUGCAUCUACCACAGUUUGAAGCCUCGCCAGGUGUUAAUAUUCGAGGAUUUGGUGCCACAGGGAUACUUCGUGAUCCGAGAUCGUCCAAUGAAGCUGAACGAAUACAAAAAUGUUUUCUCCAAACUGGCCAAAUGGCACGCUGUUAGCAUGAAAGUCUUGAAUGAGCAACCUGAAAUCUUGAAAGACUUCAAGUAUGGCCUAAUGGAAAUGCCUACCAUUAUGUCGGAUCCAAUGGUUACUACUGGAAUGGAAAACUUUUUGAAAAUUAUGGACCAGAUUCCUGAACUUACAAAGUACAAGCCACACUUUGAGAAAAUAAAAGAUAACUACAUGCAGCGCAUGGGUGACGUAAUGCAGGAAUAUCGCAAGAACAUUCAAUCCGAUGGAUACUACGUGAUGUGUCACGGGGAUUUCCAUGCCCGAAAUUUGAUGUUCAAGGAAAAUGAGGAGGUCAUGUUGGUUGAUUUCCAAAUCUGUAACCUGUGUCCCAUUACAAUCGAUUUGAGUUAUUCUGUGUACAUGCUCAUGGAGCCGGAGCAGCGAUGGGAUCUCGGAAAGGAUCUUAUUAACUUUUAUUUCUCGGUUUUGGAGGACACGUUAAAAAAAGUGGGCUACAAGGGCAAGAUGCCCACCAAUGAUGGUCUCUGGAAGCAAAUUCACCGACACAAGUUUUAUGACUUCUUCCUUUUAACCACUUUCCUACCAAUGAUGGUGGCCGUUAUAGCGAAAACGUUUAAAAUAAAUGACUUAAUAAUUAAACCUAUCAGUCCAAAAGGUGUAUAUAUUGUAUAGCUAAUUGAUCGCAACUAUAUGAAAUAACAAAUUGAUAUCCCUUAUGAACCAUGUACCAUGUCGUUUUUUAGGAUUUCUUUUUGCUUUAAAUCAAAUAACAAAACGUAUCAUCAAA